AUGUAUUGUGGAGCGAAGUUUCCGCUACAAAAAUUUGGUGAUGGUACAACAUUUCGAUGGUCUAAUGUUGAUGCUGUCAAAAAUAUAAAUCCAUUCACAAUUGACAAAAGUAAAGUUAAAUAUAAACACAAACUUGAAUCAGUUCAUUCACGUCCGUCACCAACAUUAUUCUUUCAAGUUGUUCGAAGGACAACAACCACGAUCAAACGCCCAUCAUUAAAAGAGAAUUGGACAGCAGCAAAAAAGAGAACAAGUAUUCCAUCUAAUUCAAAGCAAAAAGAUUUUUUAACAAAACAAUUUGAUGAUGGAAUCCGAAGUGAUAUGAAAUAUGAUCCAACUCGUGUUGAUGAAGAGAUACAUACGCGUACAAGCAAUGGUCAAUAUUUAUUUGAUAAAAACGAAUGUUUAACACCACAACAGAUAAGAAGUUAUUUUUCUCGGUUAGCAAAAAACCGAAAGAACACUUCCUGA